CUUGACCAUCUAAACUACUCAGCCAUUGCCAAAAUAAUCCAAGUUGAUGCUGCUGAAGGUAUGCCUGUUGAUCUAUCCUCUGUAUCAUUCAAGUACCAAUCAUGUAUUUUUGAAAAGCAGACCAAAACACCAGUACUGAAGAAACAGAAAGAGAGUCACAGAGCAACUAGAAAGCUGGAGAUUGUAUAG